AAUGCAAGAGAUUUGGAGAACGGGAACAAAUUGGGACGAGCCCAUAUCAGAGCAACUGUAUGAUCUGUGGAGUAGGUGGAUCGAGCUGUACGAGACGAUUGAUGAAGUGCAAGUACCGCGUUGCUUCUUCGAGAAUUCUACAACGCCAGAGGUGGACGAAAUCGAGAUUCACGUGUUCACGGAUGCUAGCGUAGCGGCAUGCGCGUGUGUAGUGUAUCUGAGGAUGGCAAACAGCGGCGGUAGUUGGUGUUCGCUAGUAGCAGCAAAAACUAAAGUCGCACCACUUCGUGCGCUCUCCAUCCCGCGCUUGGAGCUACAAGCUGCUAUGAUGGGAGCACGAUUGCUGCACAACGUUUGUUCGGCACUCACUCUCAACAUACAUAAACGCUACCUGUGGACGGACUCCAGUACAGUUCUGGCGUGGCUUCGCUCGGACAGUCGCCGAUAUCACCAGUUCGUCUCAUUCCGAGUCGGCGAAAUUCUUUCACUCACCAGCGUAGAUGAGUGGUACCACGUACCUUCGAAGCUCAACGUAGCGGAUGAUGCCACCAAGUGGAAUUCAGGACCAUCGUUUGAUCCGAAUAGUCGCUGGUUUCAAGGCGGGUUCCUACGAAAUGCGAAAGACCAGUGGCCAAAGCAAUCAAACAAGGUAGAUGAAGUAGAUGCGUCAAUCGAAGAAAUACAAAUGGUAGCUGUACAUCUGACGUCGGAGGAGAUCGUAGACAUCGAACGCUUUUCAAAUUGGAAUCGUUUAGUUCGAACGAUGGCCUACGUUCAUCGGGCGAUAAGAAGCUGGAAGCAGAUUGGGAAUAGUAAACACCGAAGACAAAAUCCAGAUCAAGAGGAUUUCGUAAAGGCAGAAGAAACCCUUUGGCGUCAGGCUCAAUCGCAGGCAUACAGUGAAGAGAUUCAUCAACUAAAAAUCGAUGGCAGCGUUGACAAACGGAGUUCACUGCGUUCGCUGCUCCCUUUUUCCGACGAGCACGGAGUCAUGCGGGUACGAGGUCGGAUUGGAAACGCGCCGCAUAUUCCGUACGCGGCAAAGUAUCCCGUAGUAUUGCCGAGGGAACAUCGCAUAACUUUUCUUCUGGUGAAUUACUACCACCAACGGUUCCUUCACGCCAACGGAGAAACUGUGUACAACGAACUACGCCAGAAGUUUUACAUUCCGAAGCUUCGAAUGCUAAUACGUAAAGUUGGCAGGAGUUGUCAGUACUGUAAGGUACAGAAAGCUGUUCCAGUGCCGCCGCAGAUGGCGCCACUUCCGAAGGAACGCCUAACCCCAUUCGUCCGGCCGUUCACGUACGUUGGCGUCGACUACAUGGGGCCCUUCGAAGUCAAAGUCGGCCGCAGUCUGGUGAAAAGAUGGAUCUGCUUGUUUACCUGUCUUACGGUACGGGCGGUUCAUCUGGAGCUAGCACACAGUCUUUCAACAUCGUCCUGCGUGAUGGCCUUUAGGAGAUUCGUGGCCCGACGGGGUGCGCCGCUGGAGGUUUUCUCCGAUAAUGGCACUAACUUUGUCGGAGCCAAUCGCCAGCUGUCGGAAGAAAAACAGAAACUUGAAGAGAUCGUCGUAGACUGCGCCAACACAUUCACCAACGCACACACUCAGUGGCACUUCAACGUUCCUGCAGCCCCGCACAUGGGGGGACCCUGGGAGCGCAUGGUCAAGUCAGUGAAAGUCGCAAUGAAAGCUGUUUCUGACAGUCCCCGUCAUCCUAGCGACGAAGUAUUAGAAACGAUCAUGCUGGAGGCCGAAGGUAUUGUGAAUUCGCGACCGUUAACCUAUGUUCCCCUGGAAGCUGCAGAUCAGGAGGCACUCACACCAAACCACUUCCUGUUACAUGGGUCGAACGGAAUCAAGCAACCAGCAAGCGAACCUGCGAUCACAGGAAACGUUCUUCGGGACAGCUGGAAGCUGGCCCAGCACAUUGGAAACGAAUUCUGGCGAAGGUGGAUCCGGGAAUAUCUCCCAAUGUUGACACGGCGGGUGAAAUGGUUCGAUACCGUGAAGCCCCUGGAACCUGGCGAUCUAGUCGUCAUAGUCGACGAACAUGCGAGGAACCGCUGGGAACGAGGACGCAUCCUGGAAACCUUCCCGGAUAAGUCCGGACAGGUGAGACGCGCAACAGUACAGACUAAUAGAGGUGUGUUCGAGAGACCUGCUGUAAAGCUCGCUGUUCUGGACGUCGUAAGCUGUAACCAGAAGUCGGAUGAAGCCGCUGCGGGACCGGUAAUGGUUCACGGGUCGGGGGAUGUCGCCGAUACCCCUUGUUAUGGCGCGUCACUGGUGAACCAUAUGUCCUAUCCCUCGCUAACCUAACAUCACGACCAGGCAGUGCGAGCGCUUUGACAGAUGAUCAACAUAAUUAGUCAGCAGAAUUGAUAGCGAAGUGACAAAAGUAAUCCAACUCACGUUUUUCCGUACAAUCACAGUUCUGUCGCGAGUUGUAAUUAAAUUAAUAGUAGUUAUUAUACGUUGCACUAUAUUAGCCACACAAGUGGAAACCUAAUUAAAAAGCAGAGACUAGAAAGUGAAUUCAGAAUACACUGGAGUAUCCUUCCACUGUAAAACAGGAACCUGAAAAGAUA